AUGAAUCCACCGACAUCGUUAAUUGCUUGUUACAUCGGCGGAGGUAUCUUUCAAGAAGAGAUUUUGUACUCCCAAUCUUUGACAGCAGGUACUACAUCUGAAGAUAUAUUUAAUUCAAUAUCAAAUUUUAUUGAAAAAAAUGAUUUGGAUUGGAAGAAACUCAUUGCACUUUGCGCCGAUUGUGCACCUGCAUUGAUAGGUGUACGAUCGGGCUUAGCUAAAAAGCUCAAUGAAAAAAAUCCCGCAAUGGUUAGUACACAUUGUGUUAUUCAUCGGCAAGCUUUUUCUUCCAUAACAUUGCCACAGAAAUUACGCCAGACUUUGGACUCGGCUAUAAGGAUUGUAAAUUACAUCAAGAGCAGCGCUUUGAACAGUCUGUUACUUCCUUUACUUUGCGAGGAUCUCGAUUCUGAUCACAAAGUUCUUCUGUUCCAUACAGAAGUACGCUGGUUGUCCAAAGGCAACAUGUUGGCUCGCCCUUAUGAAUUGAAAGAAGAGACAUUACAUCGUUAUGUGGAGAAACUAAAGGAGAAAUUGGAACGUAAUCCGAACUUGACGAAAGCAGAAUUAACUUUGGACUCAGUGGGAUAUAUUAAAAAUAGACAAGUUCUCACUGAUGAAGAAGAAGAAGCUUUAGCAAGUGGCCCUAUACGAUGUGAAGGUGAUGCUAAUCUGUCUGGCUGGAUGAAAGAGGAGAACUUUAUGAAGUUCUACAAACAUUUCGUGAAACAUGUUAAAUCUAGUAAAGAAAAACCUGUAUUUUUGUUGUUGGAUAACCGUGACUCUCACUUACCAAUUGAAGCGUUGGAUUACUUUAAAACUAAUGGGGUGACAGUUUUAUCAUUCCAUCCACAUUGUAGCCACAAGCAACAACCUCUUGACAGAUCUGUGUUCGGACCAUUGAAAAAGUAUUUCAACCAAGCAUGUGAUAACUGGCUGGCUAGUAACUCGGGAAAGACUAUCACAAUUUAUGAAAUACCGGAGCUGGUUAAAACGUCACUACCAUUGCCUGCUACAAUUGAAAAUAUUCAAUCAGGAUUCGGAGUAUCCGGGAUUUCACCAUUGAAUGAAAACAUUUUUCCUGACUCCGAGUUAAGUGGUUCUUAUGUGACAGAUAGACCGAUGCUCACUUCCCCUGAUGGUGAUAAUCCUUCGGCAUGUGAUGUGAGCACAAUGUCUGUUCCAUCGACUUCCGAUGCAUCUAAUAGGUUGUCUAUCGUCGAAGAGGUUCUAAUUUCUGAUCACCAUACAAUAACUGAAACUCACUCUCUGGCACCGCAAUGUUUAUCUGAAAAUACAGACCACAUUACUACCACAACACCCUCUCCUACAAGAUCUUUGAGGACUGAAAGUGAGUCACCUUCUCUUUUUGACGAAACAUUCAAUUCUGUAUUUGAACCGGAACUGAGAGAAAACCUCAAAACACCAGAAAACGUUCAUUCUACAGAAACAAAUAUGCCCGCAUCUUUACACAAUCUAAACCUUCCCUCAACUUCAUCAGCAACAUAUGAAAACAAAAGAGAAACAUAUAAGAAGAAAAAAACAGAUACAAAGGACAGAAUAGAAAAAGGAAAAGGGAAGGGCAAAGGAAAAGGAAAGGGUAAAGGAAAAGAAACAGAUAUAGUUGAUGAGAUUGCUGAUGACACCGUCGAUGAAAAUGACGGUAAUGCUGUAGAUUCAGGUGACGAGAGUACGAUUUGUUUAGAGUGCACUGAAACCUACGUCGAUAGUGUUCCAGGCGAAAAAUGGAUUCAGUACAUAACUUGUAAGUUAUGGGCUCAUUCCAAAUGUGCAAAUUCUGAAGGACCUGUUCCUGCAUACGAAAUAUUCGGCAAAGGCGACAAAAAAGAGCAGCAUAUUUUCUGA